AUGGCAGACAAGGGCAGACAAGGAGAGAGUUCAUAUCCCAGCUCCCUCACCUACUACCUGUGUAGUAUAAAGCCAAAUCACCCCAGCCAUCACCAUCUGAGUAUCACUCUCACUGCCACCAUGCUGGCCUCCGGGCUGCUUCUGCAGAGGAAGAUCUCGGGGAAGCUGCCUCCAGGACCUACCCCAUUGCCCUUCCUUGGGAACUACCUGCAGCUGAACACAGAGCAGAUGUACAACUCCCUCAUGAAGGUGUCACAAGCCCGGGACAUGGGUGGAAUGGGAAGAUCAGCGAGCGCCAUUCACCUGGGGCCCCGGCGGGUCGUGGUACUGUGCGGGUAUGAUGCUGUAAAGGAGGCCCUGGUGGACCAGGCUGAGGAAUUCAGCGGGCGAGGUGAGCAGGCCACCUUCAACUGGCUCUUCAAAGGCUAUGGCGUGGCAUUCAGCAACGGUGAGCGCGCCAAGCAGCUGCGGCGCUUCUCCAUCACCACGCUGCGGGACUUCGGCGUGGGCAAGCGCGGCAUCGAGGAGCGCAUCCAGGAGGAGGCGGGCUUCCUCAUUGAGGCAUUCAGGGGCACGCGCGGCGCCAUCAUCGAUCCCACCUUUUUCCUGAGCCGAACAGUCUGCAAUGUCAUCAGCUCCAUUGUCUUUGGGGACCGCUUUGAUUAUGAGAACAAGGAAUUCCUGUCACUGCUGCGUAUGAUGCUGGGCAGCUUUCAGUUCACAGCUACGUCCACGGGACAGCUCUAUGAGAUGUUCUAUUCAGUGAUGAAACACCUGCCAGGACCACAGCAACAGGCCUUUAAGGAGCUGCAAGGACUGGAAGACUUCAUAGCCAAGAAGGUGGAGCACAACCAGCGCACACUGGAUCCCAACUCCCCACGGGACUUCAUCGACUCCUUUCUCAUCCGCAUGCAGCAGGAGCAGAAGAACCCCAACACGGAGUUCUACAUGAAGAACCUGGUGCUGACCACGCUGAACCUCUUCUUCGCGGGCACCGAGACCGUCAGCACGACCCUGCGCUAUGGCUUCCUGCUGCUCAUGAAACACCCAGAUGUGGAGGCCAAGGUCCAUGAGGAGAUUGACCGGGUGAUUGGCAAGAACCGGCAGCCCAAGUUUGAGGAUCGGGCCCAAAUGCCCUACACUGAGGCAGUGAUCCAUGAGAUCCAAAGAUUUGGAGACAUGAUCCCCAUGGGCCUGGCCCGCAGGGUGACCAAGGACACCAAGUUUAGAGACUUCUUCCUUCCCAAGGGCACCGAAGUUUUCCCUAUGCUGGGCUCUGUGCUCAGAGACCCCAAGUUCUUCUCCAAACCCCGAGAUUUUAAUCCCCAGCACUUCCUGGAUGAGAAAGGGCAGUUUAAGAAGAGUGAUGCUUUUGUGCCCUUCUCCAUUGGAAAGCGGUACUGUUUUGGAGAAGGCCUGGCUAGAAUGGAGCUCUUUCUGUUCCUCACCACCAUCAUGCAGAACUUCCGCUUCAAGUCCCCGCAGUCGCCUCAGGACAUCGACGUGUCCCCCAAGCAUGUGGGCUUUGCUACAAUCCCACGAAACUACAGCAUGAGUUUCCUGCCUCGCUGAGCGAGGGCUGUGUGGGCGCAGGGCUCAUGGACGGGGCGAACGGGGAGGGGUGGAGCAUAGGCAGGGCUGGCGGGAGGGGUGGGGUUAA